AUGGCGGGAGGAAAUGAGAUGCAAAAUCAUUCAGAAAGGCCAAGACAACCUGCAUGCUCAAACCAAUUACCUACAACGUAUACACAGUGGGAAAGAAUUGCUAUGGAACAAGUGCUUUAGUAAUUUAUUUCAUCACCAAGAACCCUACAAAAAAAUACUAAUUCUGAAUGCGCUAAAUGUCGGGAACAUUACAUAUCUGACAAUUUUGACGAAAUUUUUUAACAGAUAUUUGCUAUGUUAGGGUUUCACAUAGAGCGGAGCUGUUAGUUUUGACAGCCAUCUAAGAGAAAGGAAAAUCGUCUCCGCGUAAAAUUCGCAACAAUGAAGCACAGACCUCGUUUUAAUUUUUGGAAAUGUUUGUUUUUGUUCGCCGCUUUCCUUCCUUGGAGCGAAGGAAACACUGCGAAGUUCUUCGGCGUUGGUGCAAUGUUAUCCUCUCCAGACCAUGAGAAAAUCUUCGAGGAAGCCGUUGGGAAAAUAAACGACAAUUCAAGUGGUUUACUAAGGGCAGUAAAAUUAAAUGGAAGCUCUUACGUUUUGAGUUCAAAUCCCAUUCGCUCGGCUCUUGAUGCCUGCGAGAAUUUGGUAGCCAAAGGAGUAGUUACUAUCAUAGUCAGCCACCCAAAAGAUGACUUUUCGCCACCAAUUUCAGUCUCGUAUGCCUGCAGUUUCUACCAAAUUCCGGUUAUAGGAAUUUCAGCGCGACAAACUAUCUUCUCGGACAAGUCAAUCCAUGAGUCUUUCCUGCGUACUGUGUCAUCAUAUUCAGAUCAGGCCAAUGUUUGGAUGGCACUGUUGAAGUACUAUGAAUGGAAGAGUGUUGUUCUACUUACAAGCAAUGACCAGGAUAGCCGUAUGAUUGCAACCAGGUUCACAGGCCUGGCUGCAGAAAAUGAUAUCAAGAUUGAGAAAACCAUUAUGUUCCCCACUGGAUGUGUGAAUGUCACAUCUCAUUUAAUGAAGAUAAACAAAUUGCAAUCAAGGAUCAUUCUUUUCAGUGCUAGUGAGGAGGAUGCAACCAUUGUUUAUCAAAAUGCCUCACAUCUGAAGAUGACAAGAGAGGGCUUUGUGUGGCUGGUGACCCAGCAAACCUUGGCAGGGAGAGCUCAGAGUUUUUUACCUCAAGGUGUGAUUGGAAUGCAGUUACAUCAUGGUUAUAAUGAGUCUGCUCAGAUUCAAGAUGCUGUCAGCCUUGUUGCCAAAGCCCUGGACAAACUGGUGACCUCAGGGAAAAGUUUGACUCCUCCACCUGCCAGCUGCCGAGAAACUACCCAGUGGGAAAGUGGUCAAACUUUGUUCAAGGAGCUGGUUAAUACAACCGUCAUUCAUGGCAAGACAGGGGAUAUAAUGCUGAACAGGAAAGGUGAUCGCAUCAACAUGGCUUACCAGAUCCUUAACCUUCGAAAUAAAGGAGAUAAAGAGCUGACAGUUGUUGGAGAGUAUCGUGAUGGGCAGGUGUCAAUCUCUAACAAAGUCAUUUGGCCAGGAGACCAAGAAGAAAAGCCUGAAGGAAUCUUUGUUUCUACUCAUUUAAGGGUUGUGACUUUAGUUGGGGAGCCAUUUGUAUUUAUCAAGGCUUUACCUGAAAGUGGCAAGUGUGAAGAUCUUGAUGAUGCAAAAAAGAAAAAGAGGCAUAUUAAAUGUAGUGGAAAAGUAUAUGGUGAACACACCAAACUGGUUGCUACAGACAAGGAUGAUCACUGCUGCUAUGGUUUUUGUAUGGAUUUGUUAUAUCGACUGGGAGAGAAAGUUAAUUUUACCUUUGAUGUUCAUUUGUCUGAAGAUGGAAGCUAUGGCUCUUUGAGAAGAGUAAAUGGCACGGACAUGAAGCGUUGGAAUGGUAUGGUAGGGGAAGUGAUUGAUGGUAAAGCUGAUCUUAUUGUGGCCGCAUUGACAAUCAAUAAUGAAAGAGCAGAGUGGAUUGAGUUUUCCAAACCGUUUAAGUACCAAGGACUUACAAUACUUGUCAGAAAGGAUCAAAGUAGAAACAGCCUGGAUUCAUUUUUGCGACCUUUCCAGAUAAACUUGUGGCUGUUAGUUCUACUCUCAGUGCACAUAGUGGCAGUUAUACUGUACCUGCUAGACCGGUUUAGCCCGUUUGGCCGGUUUAAACUGGCUCGGAAAGAAAAGGAGGAGACGGCUCUUAAUUUGUCCAGUGCUAUGUGGUUUUCAUGGGGAGUGCUGCUAAACAGUGGUAUCGGAGAAGGUACUCCGCGUAGUUUCAGUGCUCGGGUGCUGGGCAUGGUAUGGGCAGGCUUUGCCAUGAUCAUUGUCGCCAGCUACACUGCUAAUCUGGCAGCCUUUCUUGUUCUUGAUCGACCAAAGGCUGUGGUCAGCGGCAUAGAAGAUCCGCAUCUGCGUAAUCCUUCGGUGAAUUUCAAGUACGCUACAGUAGCAAACAGCAGUGUUGACGCGUAUUUCAGGCGGCAGGUUGAGCUGUCAUCCAUGUACACCUUUAUGGAAAAAUACAAUGUAAAGACAGCUAAGGAAGCCAUACAGAAAGUGAACGACGGGGAAUUAAAGGCGUUCAUUUGGGACUCGCCUGUCCUUUAUUACGAAGCCUCUGUAAACUGUGAGCUUACUACUGCUGGUGAACUGUUUGGGCGGUCUGGUUAUGGCGUUGGUAUGCCUAAAGGUUCUCCGUGGAGUAACGAAAUUUCUCUUGCUAUCCUAAACUUUCACGAGAGCGGGGUUAUGGAGGAAUUGGAAACGACGUGGAUCGACACCAAGCAAUGCGAUGAACAGAAUAAUUCGCCCGCUACGUUAGGGUUAAAUCACAUGCUUGGUGUCUUUAUCAUGGUUGCUGCCGGAAUAGGAGCUGGAAUCGUGAUCAUUAUCUUAGAAAUCCUUUACCACAAGCACCGUGGGUGGAAAGAAGAACAGAAAGAACUGGCUAAGAAGACAACAGAUAAAUGGCGGGCUAAUAUCAUGAUGAUGAAGAAGGAGCGCACCUCAAAUGGCCAACAACCUAAUGGUGUUCUCGACUCACAUGGCCCACAGAACGACGGGAUAGCUCGUAGAAACCCAAUUUACAACCCGGAAAAUCACGUUGACAGCACGUUUACGUAUAAUUGAGCAGACGUGCACUUUGCAAGUGGGAUUUCUUAUGUGUAGAACACAAAAUGACAUGCGCAAUCGUCGUUGUUGAAAAGAUGAAAAAUGUAAUACUAACCAUGUACCAAUUGCUUUGAAAUUAGGAAAAAAAUUAGAAUCACGAAACUGUAUAUAAUUAAUGUUGUAGUUCAAUGAAAAAUCUACAGUCCAUAUAUAUCAGAGUUCCUAUGACAUCCAACUAGUCUCAAUUGGCACUUGACAACAAUUCGAGGGAAGGGUUCAAAAUGAAUUUAAAUGGGGUUGCUCUUCAGAGCAAUUAAGUUGUUAUUAAGGCUCCUAUGUAAUGCCCAACACAGGUUUUGUUGGCUUUUUUGGAGCAACUUCCUACUCAAAGCUGUUGUUGACACUUUUAUAUUUAUAUAUCUGCCUUUGGUAUCAAUUGUUUAUAUUGAUACUUAUUGGCCUGCUCCAGAAGGCAGUAUUGCACACUUUUAAAGCACUGGUGGUAUAUGUCUAUACUUUCUAUUCAUAAGAUGGAAAGACUCACAAUGUGCUGUUUGUAAAUAAUAUUUAUUCAAUAGUAAUGAGUCCCACACCACAGGACUACAGACAAGCAUGAUCAUAGGUAAAGAUCUCUUACGAUAAGAUUAUGGGGAAAAUAUUUAAUAAUGUAUGAAACAAUGAUAACCUAUAGAUGAACGUCAGAGAAAUAUACGUAAUUAAAUUGAUUGUUGGUAGGAUGAGCAGAAAUAGAGGGUGUAUUAUGAUUGUUUUAUUUAGCUCUCUUAGCCAUAACGUAUGAUUAGGACCUAGGUAACCUUAUAAAAGAAGCAGAAAAUUCGAAACGACUUGCUAAACCAGGAAGGUACGCAACAGGCAAAACUACUAAACCAGUAAGAUACGAUACAGCUUCGGUCUCCAAACAUACCUGCUACGUCGGAAUGGAACAUGAGUUUUAUGAACAAGUAAAGAACGAUAGUAAUAAAAGUCUUUACCUUUCCAGAAAGAUCUGCGGGUGUUAAAAUCGAAACUAUGUUUCUACAGUCUAAUAUGUGGCUCUAUUAGGGUAAUAUGUGUCAUAAUUUGAACCUUUUAACUCAUUAUUGUCAAGUUUACAAUUGUUGUCUCAAAGCGAAUGAGAGUUGAACCAUUUAUUUAAUGAUGCUGAUCUAUUUAUUAUUUAUUAUACAUUCAUGGUGAAGUUAAAUUGCCUAGUUAAAUGAUUCGAACAGGUAAUGCUUUGUUUGUAGAAAUGCAUCCAUCUGUGUAAAUAAUACAAACUAUAAAUUCUAA